CACCUUGAAGCCUAUCCUUAUGACUUCCACCACGAAGAAAGAGAACAAUGGCAAGGGCGGCGGGAGUGGUGACGCUCUUCGACCAGGAAUUUACGAAGGGUGGUGCGACUGUCAUGUAUCUGUGAAGACGAUUUUGACAUCUGCGAACCAAAUCGGACACACCAUUAUGCCUUUCGAAUCCCUCAGCUGUAGACCUUCACAUAAAUCCACCAUUCUACGGUGAUUGCGAUUUUUUUGAAGUCGAUGGCGUGGGAAAAUAUUACUCUGUAUGUCUCCUAGCUACUUUCUCUUCAACAACUUUCGUACCCGCUGCUCAGCACUCAAGUACUCAGUACUCAGUACUCAGUGGUCAUGCAACAGUAUAUAUGCUCCGACACUUCUGAAUAGGAACCCUGACGCAAUGUUCAAAUCCGAGUCAUAAUGCUAUAUUUAUCAGUUAUCGCGUCCACUGCUUCGUACCAUCACUUCUAUACUACUCGUGAUGACGGAAAUUCCAUUCAGGAUCUGUAUCCCGGACGAAAAACUCGAGAUGCUUGGCAAGAAGCUCGAACUCACCUCAUUGCCCGACGAACUUGAGGAUUCAGGGUGGAAGUAUGGCGUGCCACUUGACGACAUCAAGCGAUUAGUAGCCAGGUGGAAGGAUGGCUUCGACUGGAGGGCCCAGGAAGCUAUCCUGAACGAUGAACUAUCCCAGUUCACUCGGGAUAUCGAGGUAGAAGGACAUGGCACGCUGAACAUACACUAUGUUCAUCAGAAGAGCCAAGUCGUCGACGCAAUUCCCUUGUUAUUCAUACACGGAUGGCCAGGAAGCUUCAUUGAAGUACGAAAAAUACUUCCAUUGUUAACGGCGUCAUCGCCGGACUAUCCUAGCUUCCAUGUCGUCGCGCUUAGUCUACCAGGAUAUGGCUUUUCUCAAGCGACGAGAAAGCAGGGUUUCAAAACAGGACAACAUGCCGAGGUUGCAAAUAAGCUAAUGAUAUCUCUUGAUUACGAUAAAUACGUCACACAAGGUGGGGACUGGGGGGCUAUUAUUACCCGGAAACUCUCCAGUAUCUAUGGUGGAGCACAUAGCCAAGCAUGGCACACGAAUAUGCCAAGAGUAAGGCCUCCGACCAUCUACGAACCUCUGUUGUAUCUUCGACACAUGCUUACUCCCUAUACGGAAACGGAAAAGGCAGGAUUGCAACGGACCAAGUGGUUUGAGACCCAGGGAAGAGGAUACCACAGCCAACAAUCGACUCAGCCUCAGACGAUAGGCUAUUCACUCGCCGAUUCACCCGUUGGGCUUCUCAGCUGGAUGUACGAAAAGUUAGUUAACUGGAGUGAUUCAUACCCUUGGGAUGACGAUGAAGUGCUGACCUGGGUAUCUGUGUACUGGUUUUCUAGGGAAGGUCCAGCCGCAUCUAUCAGACUCUACUAUGAGUAUGUUCAAUCUGAAGAUCGUGUGCUAACGAAGGAGCCUACUAUUCCCCUUGGCCUCUCAUAUUUCCCUAAGGAGUUGCGCUGUUAUCCCCGACUCUGGUCUCAGGUUGCAGGCAAUCUAAUGUUCGAGUCGGAGCAUACUAGCGGGGGACACUUUGCUGCCCAUGAGAAGCCAAAAGAAUUGGUGGAUGACUUGAGGAGGAUGUUCGGGAAGGAUGGUCCGGCGUUUGGCAUUGUUCCAGGAAGGACUGGGUACGUAGAACGCACAUAGGCCCGCCUCGGCCUACACUCCCAAGGAUCUUUGCAAGAUACCAGCCUGUGAGCGCCUCAAGUUUAGAAUGUGUAUAUUUGGAAAGAACUCCUGCGUUGUUGAACCAACUCCAGAUAUCAAGGGUACUUUCCUUCUCCGCAGUGUCUGAUGAUGCAAGGUCCAGCACCCCUGUAGCUUUGUUUUUUCUGACCCAAUGAAGACAGCAACAAUGGACGUAGUUCUGCAAAUAGUCGGCGAUGGAUUUCACCGUGAUGCCAUGCGAUGCUAGGACGGCCGCCGGUAUAAACGAAGUGCAAGGAAGCUGAAGGAGUGGAUCUCCAAAUGCAAGAUGCAAUGAUGUUUGUCGUUAUCUUGAAUUCGUGGCGUCGAAAAUGGUUAAACGUUGUGCGCGGAGAAUCAACACAUUACGGUGGUCGAAUGGCUGAAAAUCAAUGCGAGGGCAUCCCUAGAGGCGUUCCUUUAGUCAAAUACACACGCCGUCCCCCC